GCCUCGAGUCCUCGCCUGGAGGCGGCGCGAGAAGGCGCUGCUAGCGCAGCUCUGGGCGCUGCAGGGCGAGGUGCAGCUCACGGCCCGCAGGUACCAGGAGAAGUUCACCCAGUACAUGGCUCACGUCCGCAACUUCGCCAGGGACCUGGGCGGCGGCCACGGCCCGGUUAGAGACCAUAAGCCAUUCACCAUUGUGUUAGAAAGAGAAAAUGACACUUUGGGAUUCAAUAUUAUAGGAGGUCGACCAAAUCAGAAUCGUCAGGAAGAAACAUCAACAGAAGGAAUUUAUGUUUCAAAAAUUUUGGAAAAUGGACCUGCUGACAAAGCAGAUGGCCUGGAGAUUCAUGACAAAAUCAUCGAGGUCAAUGGGAAGGAUCUCUCAAAGGCCACCCAUGAAGAGGCAGUGGAAGCUUUUCGAAAUGCCAAGGAGCCCAUUGUGGUUCAGGUGCUAAGGCGAACGCCUCUCAGUAAACCAUUCUACGGAACGGCCCCAGAAGUGCAGCUCAUGAACGCCAGCACACAGACAGACAUCACUUUCGAACACAUCAUGGCCCUGGCCAAGCUGAGGCCACCUACGCCUCCAGUGCCAGACAUCUGUCCAUUUCUGCUCUCAGACAGCUGCCAUUCUCUUCAUCCGAUGGAGCAUGAAUUUUAUGAGGACAAUGAGUAUCUUUCCAGCUUGCCUGCUGAUGCAGACAGAACAGAGGACUUUGAAUAUGAGGAGGUCGAGUUGUGUCGUGUUAGCAGUCAAGAGAAGCUGGGCCUGACAGUCUGUUACCGAACGGAUGAUGAAGAAGACACCGGCAUUUAUGUCAGCGAGGUAGAUCCAAAUAGCAUUGCUGCCAAAGAUGGCCGAAUUCGAGAAGGGGAUCGUAUUUUGCAAAUAAAUGGAGAGGAUGUCCAGAAUCGAGAAGAAGCAGUGGCAUUACUCUCUAGUGAUGAGUGCAAGAGAAUCGUGCUGCUUGUUGCAAGGCCAGAGAUUCAGCUGGAUGAAGGCUGGCUGGAAGAUGAAAGGAAUGAAUUCUUAGAGGACUUAAACUUAGAGAUGUUGGAAGAACAGCAUAAUGAAGCAAUGCAGCGCACUGCCAAUGAGGUGGAGCAGCCGAAAAAACAAGAAGAAGAAGAAGGCACAACAGACACGGCCACAUCUUCAUCAAACAACCAUGAGAAGGACAGUGGAGUGGGGCGCACAGAUGAAAGUUUGCGGAAUGACGAGAGCUCAGAGCAGGAGAAUGCAGCUGAAGAUCCCAACAGCACAUCUUUGAAGAGCAAGAGAGACCUGGGGCAGAGCCACGACACUCUAGGGAGUGUUGAACUUCAGUGCAACGAGAGCUUCAUGUCCGGUGAAUACAUUGACUCAGACUGCACUGGCAACCAGGAUGAGGAGUGUGAACGAUUCCGGCAGCUCUUGGAGCUCAAAUGCAAGAUUCGAAACCAUGGAGAGUAUGACUUGUAUUACUCGAGCAGCACAAUAGAAUGCAAUCAAGGGGGACAAGAGGGAGUGGAGCAUGAGCUACAAUUGCUUAAUGAAGAACUAAGAAACAUUGAACUCGAAUGCCAGAAUAUCAUGCAGGCUCACAGGCUCCAGAAAGUGACAGACCAGUAUGGAGACAUCUGGGCAUUGCAUGAUGGAGGAUUCCGAAAUUAUAACACCAGCAUUGAUAUGCAAAGGGGAAAACUAGAUGACAUCAUCGAACACCCAGAAAAGUCAGACAAGGACAGUUCGAGUGCUUACAACACAGCCGAAAGCUGCAGAAGCACUCCACUCACUGUGGAUCGUUCACCUGACAGUUCCCUUCCAAGAGUGAUCAACCUCACCAAUAAGAAAAACCUGAGAAGCACAAUUGCAGCCAAUCAGCCCUCUUCUGGACAGAGCGGUAAAGAGUCAACCUCCCCCAAAGCCAAAACCACUGACCAAGGUUGUGGCAUCGAAGGCAAGGAGAUUUCAGAAAGCAACAAACUUUCUGAUCAAGAGAAGACAGGCAGCGAACACAUCCCUUACCUCUCUCCUUACCACAGCUCCUCAUAUAGAUAUGCAAACAUCCCAGCACAUGCCCGGCAUUAUCAAAGCUACAUGCAGUUAAUUCAACAGAAAUCUGCGGUAGAAUAUGCUCAGAGUCAGCUCAGUUUGGUGAGCAUGUGCAAGGAGUCUCAGAAGUGUUCAGAGCCCAAGAUGGAAUGGAAGGUGAAAAUUAGGAGCGAUGGGACCCGCUACAUAACAAAGAGACCAGUGCGAGACCGGAUUCUGAAGGAACGUGCCUUAAAGAUUAAGGAGGAACGGAGUGGCAUGACGACAGACGAUGACACCAUGAGCGAGAUGAAAAUGGGGCGCUACUGGAGCAAAGAGGAGAGAAAGCAACACCUGGUUCGGGCCAAAGAGCAGCGUCGGCGCAGAGAGUUCAUGAUGCGGAGCCGGUUAGAGUGUCUCAAGGAGAGUCCUCAGAGUGGCAGCGAGGGCAAGAAGGAGCUCAACAUCAUUGAACUCAGCCACAAAAAGAUGAUGAAAAAAAGAAACAAGAAAAUUUUGGACAACUGGAUGACAAUCCAAGAACUGAUGACCCACGGGGCCAAGUCUCCUGAUGGCACACGAGUUCAUAAUGCCUUUUUGUCAGUCACCACUGUAUGACCGAAUGAAUAGAACACAACUGAUGUUAAGAGGGUGCUACCAGUUUGGGUAGAGUAUGAUUGCCUCGUUCAAUGUGGCAUUUUUAUAUAUAUUUUCUGACUCUAUAGUUUGAAUUUUUUGUAAGCAAAAAAUACCUGGUAAUUUUUCAUUUGUUUUUCAUAUACCGGUACCUUCUUUUCGGCUGAGGUCUUUCUUUAACUUGUGAUAUAUUCAUAUUACUCAUUUAUAUAUAUAUAAAAAAAAACAAAAGGAAAGAAAACAAAAAAAUGAACAAAAAUACUAAGGAGCCAAUUAAUUUCCUAUUCUGAUGUAUCUAUUGUACGUUAAGAUCUGGAUUUAUUUCUCUAGUUUACUUAUUUUCUACUUUAAUAAUAACCCAAUGCCAAAACAUUUCUGUACUUGGCAUAAUGCCUAUUAUAUCAAACUUGUUAAUAAAUCAUGUGCCACAUCUUGUCUUACACAUAAAAAAAAACUUGUUUAACAUCCCAUUGUACUUUUAACAUAAUAUGUGGCCAUUGUUUUUGUCUCAGUAAAGUGUAGGUGGACAAUCUUCCUGUGAUAUGUAGUGACAUUGGUCAUGUAGCUAGGUAAUUGUGGUAAUUGUGACAAUAAAAGAAAUAAAUUAUUGAUUAUCCUU